AUGGAAAACACGAUUGUAGGAUGGAAACGUUAUAUACUAGUACAACCAUCCAUGAUGAUGUUAAUAAUUGCUCAGGCAAUAACAAGUAAUUUUGAUAUAUUUCAUAUAUUUUAUACAUAUUAAAUGAUAUAUCACAUAUAAAUAAUCAUGCACAAGAUAUAUUUAAGUAUUAUUACUUAAAUGUGAUAAACUCUCCUUUUAAUUUUAGUAAAUAUUUAAUGUAUGUAAAAAGAUAUUAAAGCAUUAAAAUAAUUGUUUUUAGAACUAUUUAUUUAAAAUAAAAUAAUUAUUUUUAUUCAUAUUUUAACCAUAAUUUAUUGGGUUAUUGAUUUGUACAUAAGCUUAAUUCGAAUUUUAGGUAAUAUUUUAACAGAUUUAAUAGUGUAUCGCACUUGUAGUAUAACAUUAGGCAUGAAUAAAACAGAAUGUUCAUUAUUACAUGAAAAUAGUAGUUCUGCAGAAGCCUUGAAAAUAGAUGGUCAAGUUCAACCCAAAGCAAGCUUAAUUUUAAUGACAAGAUCAAUUAUUGAAAGUAUUAUACCUGCUUUGUUGUCUUUAUUUCUGGGCCCAUGGAGUGACAUAUAUGGGAGGAAGUCUAUUAUGUUGUCUGGAUAUAUUGGUAUAUCAUUAACAUAUAUCAUUCUCUCCCUUAUGACAAUUUGGGAUAUCGAUCCAUGGUUUUUAUUAAUUGCAUAUAUUCCAUAUGCGUGUUGUGGAGGAUUUUGUGUAAUUUUAUUAGGUACUAUUUGUUAUCUUACUGAUAUAUCAAAUGAGCAGGAAAGAGGGUGGCAAUUAGCUUGGAUGGAAGUUUUGAUAUCUGUUGGUAUUUUAACUGGUAUACUAGCUGGUCCCAUUAUUUUUCAAGCAUAUGGAUACACAGUUGUAUUUGUUAUUGCUACUGUAUGUUGCAUUGUAGCAGGAUUGUAUAUUUGCAUUUUUGUUCCUGAGACUACAUACAGCACAGAUUCAAUAACUAUAAAAAGUUUGUUUGAUAUACAUUUGGUCAAAAAACUUAUAAGUACUUGUAUUAAAAAACGAAACGGCUUUGAUCGAUAUGUAGUUUGGUGUUGUAUAACUUGCAUUAUUUUAAUGAUUAUUGCUUUACAAGGAGAUAUGACUAUUGGCUUUUUAUUUGCAAGUGCUAGACUUGGUUGGAAUGUAAGCGAAUAUUCCAUUUAUUUGGCUACAAGUAUUAUACUUUCAAUUCUUGGUACAAUAGUUGGAGUAAAAUUGUUGGUGACACAUGGUUUUGCUGAAGAAAUGACAGCUAUAUUGUCAUUAUUGUCUGCUUUGGGUAGUUGUUUAGUACAAAGUUUUACAUUGAAAUCUUGGCACUUGUACCUGUCUGCAGUUGUAAGAAUGUUUAGUGGUAUUGCUAGUCCUAUGAUUCGUACUAUAAUAUCCAAAUCAGUGCCGUCAGAAGAUACUGGUAAAAUAUUUUCCAUGACUAUUUCUAUUGAAACAUUAACUCCAUUAGUGGCAUCUUCUUUGUACAAUUUGAUUUAUUUACAUUUUAUGCCACCUAUAUAUCCAUCACCAGUUUGGUUAAUUUCUGUAGGAAUUUAUGCUAUUGUGAUAUUUGUUUUAAUAAAUAUACGAAUACAAAACGCAAGGUCUAAUUCUGUAAGAUAUACAUCAUUGAAACAAGAUGAUGAAUUAUCAUCAUAA